AUGGCGACCAUCAACCCUUCCUCCUGCCACCUUUUCCUCUUCUUCCUCCUCUCCUUCCUGAUUAUCCAGCCAGCCCUCACCCAGGACCCAUCCGUCACCACGGUGGCGGUAACUGAGGGUGACUCAUUCAUUGUCCCCACCACGCUGGCCAACCAGACGACCAGCAGCUAUGUGGAGACCACCCAGAACACUCCUCCAGAGACGGGGCUCUCAACGCCCUCCAGCGGCGGAGACGGCGAUGACGAGGACUCCCCUCCGUCUGGCGGGACACGUUGUCAGGGUUACUACGACGUAAUGGGCCAGUGGGACCCACCGUUCAACUGCAAUGCCGGCGUCUUUCUGUACUGCUGCGGUACCUGCUUCUACCGCUUCUGCUGCCAGUUCCGCCAGCAGCGGCUGGACCAGAGCAUCUGCUCCAACUACGACACCCCCAUCUGGGCCAACACCGGCAAGCCAGUGGCCACCAUCACCGAGGGCCAGGAGGACCAGGACCGGGACCGCACGCACCUCAUCGUCUACAUCAUCUGCGGAGUGGUGGCCAUCAUGGUGCUGGUGGGCAUCUUCACCAAACUGGGCCUGGAGAAGAGCCGCGGAGGAAGCGGAGCAGCAACGGGGGCGGCUCAGGCUGACCUCAACUCCAGGACUCUAACAGACCUGCUGAAGCAGCAGGGAGGUGAGGUGAGCUCAGUAGAAAAUGCCACGGCCUGUUCGCCCAGCGGAGGAAGAGCCAACGGCGUCUCAGCCAGGAUGCUACGCAGCAGGAGUGUUGCUGCAUGGACACAUAUUUUGGGCUGCACACUGACUCUCGUGGACUUUGAGGAAUGA